AUGGAGAGCCUGGUGCAGGAGUGGGACGUGCAUCCAGCGGACAGCGUGGUCGACAGGAUCGGCAACACUGGACCCCGGCCCCUCAGGCAGCACGAGUACUGCGAGCUCGACAUCGAGCAGCCGGACAAGUCAGCAACAGCGCGCUCGGGUGAGACGAACGGACGAAAUGUGGACGAAGCGUGGCUAGACGCCACCACGGACUCGGUGGAUGGCUACACGGCAGUGGACGACGGCGGAUCGGGUAGGCACGAGUGGGCGUACACCCGAGUGGCUAGAGACGGCGAGAAGAUCGGAACUCAGUUCGUGCACGGCAUGAAGACGUGCAUUGUAGUUAGACGACGGACUUCAGACCGCAUCAGCACGGUCGCGACCAACCCCGAGCGUGUGGGGCUAAACACGUUGCAGUACCAACAAAGUCGAAGGAAGAAAUAUGUGACUUCAGGGUGCUUAUGCUGCACCUUCGUGCUGAAACCGGUGAUUGCGGAAUUUAAUGGAUACCACAGCGACGAGAAUAUGGUCGAAGUGGUGAAGGACAUGGUGGUUGAAAAUACUCGCGUCUCUCAGUUGUCACUGGGGCUAUCGAUUAAUCGCAAGCUCAGAUCUGAUGAAACCGCGUCGAAGCAGCUAAUGGGCCAGCUGAUGGCUCAUGCAUUUCGGAGUGCGUCGGGCGGUGCAAUCAACCAGACGUCGAAGAAGCCAUCCAUGCGCUUGCAAAUGGGCCAUGAUGAUCUUGCUGGUAGCAGACACUGGUGGAGAUGGCUAGCUUACGGCCUCUUUUCUAAGAGAGCGCGCGCGUUGUCGUCAUUGGAGGAUCUGUCGCUGAUUUCUAUCGGGAGAAUCGCUGAGGAGGAUGUGGAGGCAUUUUCGGCCAUCUUAAACUCGUGA